AGAGGAGACCCUGAAGAAGAUUGCUAAGUGCAUCUCCUUCUCUGCUCCUGGGCCCCAUGUGUUCCUUGUAGUGAUUGCGUUGGUUAGAUUCACACAGGAAGAGAAAGACGCAGUGGAGAUGAUUCAGACAUUCUUUGGAAAAGAUGCAGCAAGAUACAUCAGGGUUCUCUUCACAAAUGCAGACCAGCUUGAUGAAGAACAAACACUUGAAGACUUAUUGCGUGCCUCUUCAGGAUGUCAUUGCCAAAUGCGGUGGGCGGUAUCAUGACUUCAACAACAGAGAUAAGAAGAACCGCUCCCAGGUCAUUGAGCUGCUUGAGAAGAUAAACAAGAUGGUCACGAUGAAUGGAGGAAGAUACUACACCACUGAGAUGUUCCAAAAGGCUGAGAGGGCGAUUGAAGAGGAGACAAAGAGGAUCUUGAGAGAGAAGGAAGAGGAGACACUCAGAGCGGAGGAAGAACUAAAAGCAAAAUAUGAAGGAGAGUUCCUAAAGAAACAACAAACCAUCCUAGGUGCAGCCACCUUUGCAUCAGCCAGAUGGUUCGCUGAAGGACAAAACGACUUCACAAAAAAUGGUUGGCGCUGUUUCAGCUCAUGCAGUAUCCUCUGAGGUGGUGGUCAUCAGAUGGCAUUAGGCAUGUGACAGUAGAACAAGACAUGAAGUACUGAAGACUGGGGGGAAAAGCACCACAUUACGAUACUGCAAAUCACAUGACUUUUCAUAUCAUUAAUGAUAAAGUGCCAUGGAAAAUAAUAUUAAGAUAGGACUUGAUUUGCCCUUGAUGACAAGUGUUGGCCCGGAUGCCAAGUGAACUCAUAUAAUUUGCUUACAAUCAUACCAUUGAGUGACCUGCUUUAAAUGCUGAAGCUAACGGAAUCUGCUAACCCAACUUAAAAUAUAUGAAGUAUAUCAUUGUUUUCCAUCAUCCUGUGUAACAGGUAACAACACACAGACGACUGUAAUGGCAGAGAGAAAGAACCUGAAUAAUCAUGAGUGUAAUGAUACAUGCAUACUUUGAGGUGUAUUUUAUAUAUUGAUCUUGAGAUUGGGACUUACUCCUGUAUCUGGCAUAUUUGAUUUUGACUGCAUGUACCUAGAAUUCGGUAUUAAAGCUAUUGCUUCAACUGCAA